AUGAUUUUAUUGAUGAAGAAGUUUACAUGUUGCCUCCUGAAGACUAUGCUAGUGCACCAGGCCAAAUCUUCUGCUACUGAGUUCCUUGCUUUAUUAGUGUAUGUGGAUGAUGUACUCAUUACAGGGACUCGUGAAGAUUCUAUUCUUUUGGUUAAGAAACAGUUGGAUGCCAAGUUUACUAUAAAGGACCUAGGUUAUAUGAAAUAUUUUCUAGGUUUGGAGAUAGCCAGGUCCACUGAUAGUAUGCUGAUUCAUCAACAAAAAUAUGUUCUUGACAUUACGCAAGAUACUGGACUUUCAGGUUGCAAGCCAGCACUCUUUCCUUUGCCUAAAGGAUUGAAACUUAAUGAUGAAAGUGGGGAUUUAUUGCUUGAUCCAAAUGUCUAUAGAAGGUUGCUAGGCAAGCUUCUAUAUUUGACAAUAAGACGACCAGAUCUCAGUUAUGCAGUUCAAUGCCUUAGCCAGUUCAUGUCCUCUCCUAGAAAGCCUCAUAUAGAAGUUGCCCUUCACGUUGUCAGAUAUCUUAAGCGUAGUCCUGCUAAGGGUCUUUACUUUCCUGUCCAAUCUGACCUUUCUCUUCGAGCUAAUUGUGAUACAGACUGGGGAACUCGUCUAAUGAACAAAAGAUCUCUCACAGGUUAUUGCAUCUUUCUAGGGUCCUCACUCAUUUCCUGGAAAAGCAAGAAACAAGCUAUUGUUUUCAAAAUCCUCUGCAGAGGCAGAGUACAGGAGCAUGUCUACUACUGUUUGUGA